UUGCCCCUUUAUAGGGCGAAAAGACGUAGAAAUGGAUUCCGCCCCAUGAUUAUCUGACAUAUUUCGUAAUUUUUUUUCGUGCAACAAGUGCAACAUUUCUUCUCGAAUAUUCUUUAUUGAUCCAUGCUCGAAUGGGAAUAUAACGUCCUAUUUUUCGACAUUCAUCUAAGACUUUUCAACCUGUCAUCCAUUGAUAUUUUUCAAUGAGACGCACAGAAAAAUAAAUCGGACAAGAAACUCUGAAAAUUUGUGUUAGAGAUUUUCACUGAAAUGAUCUCCACCGAGUCACAGCCGAUUGGAGUAUAAUAAUUAAUUGAUGUGGUUGUAUGUCUUCAAAAAUUAAAUUGCGACUUUUGGUAUGCAUUCCCCGAAAUUCAAAAUAUCGUGGUGCCAUCUGACCUACUUUCCGCGUAUUCAUCUUCAUAGAUUAUGAACUUGCCACAUCGCUAAUUUCUCUAGCGUCAGCCACUGAUAACUGCAGUUUAACUUAUACGCGACGACACGCUCUGGACGACAAGAUUUGCUCUAUAGACUCGCAUCUCCGUUCGAAUCCGCUGACGUCAUAGUUCGCAAAGAAUUAUUUCAAUUCCUGAAUGAUGAGGGCUCUGGGAAGCUGUCUCUGCAUUUUCCAGCUACUCGCUGUGUCCCAAGCCGGUCCUGGACUGCUGAUUCCCCUCUACACUUACCCCUCCGUCUCCACCUGGGAAGCUCUAAAAUCCGCUGCCUCCUCCAACCCAUCUGUCGAGUUCGUCGCCAUCGUGAACCCAAACAGCGGCCCUGGCAGCGAUCUCGACAGUACUUACGUUACCGGUAUCGAUGGACUGACGGAGGUUGGUGUUAAGUGCAUCGGGUACGUCAGGACCGAUUAUGGGGCCGUUGCCACAGACACCGUCACUGCCAACAUGGAUAAAUACACGACUUGGUAUCCGAAAAUCUCUGGAUUCUUUCUGGAUGAAAUGGCCCACAGCGAAGGCAAGGAGUCGUACUACGCCUCCCUGACGGCUCACGCUGUUGCAACCGGCAAACCCUUCACCAUCGGCAACCCUGGCACUUCAACCACGCGGAAAUACUUUGACACUGUCAAUAAUACCGUCAUAUAUGAGACCUCGAAGCUGCCGCAGCUGUCCGCCCUCGAUCUUGGCUUCCCCAGUUCUGGAUGUUCGAUGAUCGCUUACGACGUUGCUGCCUCCCAAGUCAAUCAAUCUUACGUUGAUAACGUCCUACAGUACACGUCUCUCAUCUAUAUUACUGACGAUAAGCUUGACAACCCCUAUGACUCGCUGCCGACCUACUUCAACCAACUCGUUGAUCAUCUCCGCGUUGCUAUCACCUCUAAGCACUGAUCCUCGACAUCCGCUUCGCCAGGUGCUCCAUCUUAAUUUGUAUAGAUGGAUAGCUCACCAAAUUCAAGCGAAUAUAAACCAAUUUUGAAACCAAACCUUUCUGGUAGUGGGAAAAACCGGUUCUUUACUCUGGAUAAAUGAAUGACAAACGUGUACCUAGGCAAUCUACAGUCUACAGAAACGAGUGGGCGAUUGCAUUUUUUAAAAUAAAUGAGUACAGUCAUUGUUGAUAAUAAAUUAGACAUUUGCUUUCGAA